AUGAGCUCCAAACCCGUCAUUGGCCUUCUCGGAGGCGGCCAGCUGGGCCGAAUGCUCUGCCAGGCCGCCGCUCCCCUCGAUGUCGAAAUCGCAAUUCUCGACGCCGAAAACGCUCCCGCGAAGCAGAUCAACCACAACAGCCACAACAUCAAUGGCUCCUACAAGGACGCAGAGAAGAUCAGAGAGCUGGCCUCUCACUGCAGCGUCCUCAGUGUCGAGACGGAGCACGUGGACACGACCGUCCUGGAAGAGAUUGCCACGACUACAAAGGUUGCCGUCUGCCCGUCUUGGAAGACACUUCGUCUGAUCCAGGACAAGUACGAGCAAAAGUCAUACUUCGCUGGCCAGGGUAUUCCUGUUGCUGAGUCGGUGGCCAUUGAGGGAUCUGGCGAUGCCAUGCUCGCCUCUCUCAAGGCCGUCUCCGCCAAGUUCGGGUAUCCCUGGAUGCUGAAGUCCAGGAAGGAUUCUUACGACGGCAGAGGAAAUCUCAAAAUCUCUAAUGAAGCCGAUCUGGAGCGUGCUGUUACCGAAUUUGGCAACUUUAGCUGCUAUGCGGAAAAGUUUGUGCCUUUCCAAUGCGAGCUGUCUGUGCUCGUCAUCCGCACCGAGGACGAUGAGGGUCGAACGAAGCGCCUGCUGCCGUAUCCUGCAGUAGAGACGGUGCACGAAGACAACAUCUGCUCACGGGUCUAUCUGCCACCCCGGACAACUCCUGCUGCGGCUUGUGAGCGGGCUCAGCAGGUUGCCAGCGAUGUUGUUGGCAAGCUGUGGGGAAGAGGCAUUUUUGCUGUUGAGAUGUUUGUCACCCAGGAUAACCAGAUUCUGGUCAAUGAGAUUGCGCCUCGACCGCACAACUCGGGACAUCUUUUCAUUGAAGCAGUGCCGUCACAGUACAAGGCACAACUCACCUCAAUCCUCGAUCAAACUCUCCCCGCCACGAUUGAACCCUACGUCUCUUCGAGCAUCAUGAUCAAUAUCCUUGGAGGCGCCAACCCCGACUCCCACCUAGCUCUCGUCGAGAAAGCCAAGUCCAUGUACGGAAACAAAAUGGCCGUAUACGUCCAUCUCUACGGCAAGGAGUCAAAGCCCAGUCGAAAGAUUGGCCACAUCACAGUCACUGGUUUGGUGGCCAGCAUAACAGAGCUCGAAGAGUUUGCAAAGCCGCUUGUUGACAUGGCUAGCGACAUUAGACAAGAGAGAUUGCAAUUACGCAGCAAGGCUCUUCGACCAGAGCAAGCCAUUUCCAAGGCCACACAGGCACCCCUUGUCCUUGUCACCAUGGGCUCAGACUCUGAUCUCCCAGUGCUCAAGGCUGGCAUUGACAUUCUUAACCAAUUUGGCGUGCCAUGGGAAGUAGACAUCACAUCGGCACACCGCACCCCGGCUAAGAUGGCUGAUGUCGCCACAAAGGCCGCUGGUCGUGGCAUCAAGGUCAUCAUCGCGGCAGCUGGAGGAGCCGCUCACCUUCCCGGAAUGGUGUCUGCCUAUACACCAUUGCCCGUGAUUGGAGUCCCCGUCAAAGCCACACAUCUCGAUGGCGUCGAUUCUCUGUAUUCGAUUGUUCAGAUGCCUCGGGGCGUACCGACAGCCACGGUAGGCAUCAACAACUCGACCAAUGCGGCUCUCCUCGCCAUUCGAUGCCUGGGUGCCUUCAUUCCCGAAUAUCACAACAAGAUGAAGGCGUAUCAGCUGGACAACGAGAAACAGGUGGAGGAAAAGGCGAACAAGUUGCGGGAGAUCAACGUCGAGGCAUAUCUCGCACAAAUGAAGAAGGCAUAA